AUGGUCCGAAAACUAGGAUCUCUUCUUGGCGACGAGGCUGACGUAGCACGGAGGAAGCAGCUUGCCGCAGCGGCCUUCACUUCAAUGUUCAACCUCUGGAAACGGAGAUCUGCUGUGAGUGAGCGCCUGCGCCUGCGACUGUACUCGGCGUUCGUCCUACCAGUCCUAACGUACAACUGUGGCACUUGGGGCCUCACGCAAUCUGCUCUCCAGAAGUUGGAUGCCUUCCACCGACGUCAGUUGCGGCCUCUCCUUGGCAUCAAAUGGCCACAGCGCAUCUCCAAUGAAGCUCUGUACCGGAGGUGCCAAAUGGAGGAGAUCAGCAUCUUCGUACGCCGUGCCAGGUGGCGUCUAUUUGGUCACAUCUUGCGGCUGCCACCAUCAACCCCCGCAGUAUUGGCAAUGGAAAUCUUUUUCGCAAACAACAGCACCAGAUGGCUUGGCCGGCCACGCGUGACUCUUCCCAGUGUGCUGCAUCAAGAUCUGCAGAAAGCCGGGCAGGGUAGACUCCUGACUCUGGGAGAUCUCCAUUCGCUCCGGGCAACAGCUGCCUGUCGUAAGAGCUGGAAGGCUCUGUGUGAGGCAAUAUGUUCAUCCUACUAG